AUGGACUCGACGGUAGAGAAGGGCGCUGCCCAACACCUAGAGCACGCAUCUGACACAUCUGGAGACCUUCACCAUGAUUCGAAAGGUCUUGCCGUUGCUUUCGAGGAGGGCAAGGACGCUGGCCUGAGUGAAGCUCACCUCUGCAGCGACGAAGACAACAAACGCAUUCUACGAAAGACUGAUAUAUGGAUGCUUUCGCUGCUCUGUAUGGUCUACUUCCUCCAAUCGGCUGAUAAAGGUAUUAUCGGUCUUACAGCCGUCUAUGGACUCAAGAAGGACGCACACCUCAAGGGCAACGACUACUCCAACAUUGGCAACAUUGGUUACUACGCACAGCUUGCUGUUCAGCCCAUCGCUGCUUGGGUACUCGUCAAGCUGCGAUACCGACAAGUUUUGCCCGUCAUCAUUACCUGCUGGGGUAUCUCAGUCGCUGGUGGUCUCGCUGGUUCUCGCAACUAUGCCGGUCUCCUAGCCUCACGCUUCUUCUUGGGUGCCUUUGAAGCUGCAGUCGUACCUCUGUUCUCAAUGAUCACUAUCGCCUUCUACAGACGCUCAGAACAGCCUUUCCGUGUUGCUUGCUGGUACAGCUGCUACGGCCUGAGCACUCUCAUUAGCGCCCCCAUCGUCUAUGGCUUUGGUCGCAUCCACUCAUCCACACUCUACCGCUACCAGGUGGUCUACCUCUUCUUUGGUCUCUUGACUAUCUGUAUCGGACUCAUUACCUACUGGUGGGCACACGACAGCCCUGGAGAGGCCCGCUAUCUGUCUCCUGAAGAUCGCCUCAAGGCUGUUGACCGUCUUAAAGCCAAUCAGCAAGGUAUCGUCUCCCACAAGUUCAACUGGAAGCAAGUCAUCGAAGCCUUCACCGAAUUGAAGUACUGGCUCUUCAUGGUAAUGGUGAUAAGUGUGAAUGCAGGUGCUUCCGUGUCAUCUGUCUUUGGCUCUAUCAUUCUUCAAAACCUCGCUGGUUUCACCCCUGAUCAGGCGGUGCUGCUCAACAUGCCAUCUGGAGCACUCCAGUUCGUUUCGAUUCUCGGCGCUUCUUAUCUCGCAUACCGCUUCAAGCGCAAGUCUCCAUUCUUGCUCGGUCUUGUGUCUAUCGUGAUUGUAGGAGUUGCUUUGAUGGUUGCACUACCAAAGACCAAGGCCAACAAGGGCGGUCUGCUUGCUGGAUACUACCUCAUUGCUUUCGUGUACGCCAUCAACCCUCUCCUUAUUUCCUGGAUGGGUGGCAACUGUGCUGGACAGACCAAGAAAGCCAUUUACUACACCUCGUUCAACGCUGGUAACGCCAUUGGCAACAUCAUCACUCCCUACAUCUUUGACUCCAAGUUCGCACCUCAAUACCACAAUGCACUCAAGGGCAUUCUGGUCAUCUGGAUCAUCCUCUGGGCAGUUGUAGUAGCCCAGAUCGUGAACAUCACCUGGUGCCAGAAGAAGAAGGGUAACCAGCGCGAGGCAGCCGGUCUGCCCCGAACCUUCGAGGACUACUCCAUGACUGACAAGUUCCACGAAGCUGGCGCAGAGGUUCACGGCGAGAACGGUCUGCAAGAUAUGACGGAUAAGCAGAACCUUUACUUCUCUUAUUUGCUGUAA